GUAGAUGACACUCUCAUUGGCUGCGGGACGUCAGCCUGUGGGAGCGGGCCUUUUGGAGGAGACCGGAAGUCGAGUCACUGAGAGGUGACCAGAAAUGGAGAAAAAAGUAAUCAGAAUCUGCCUUGAUUCUGAACCUGAUAUAAUUCAUUUUCUACAAGUCACUUGGGAAAAAACACUUGGAUCUGGCUUUGUUGUUACACUUACUGAUGGCCAGUCAGCAUGGACCGGGACAGUUUGUGAAUCAGCGAUUUCCCAAGAAGCUGAUGACAUGGCAAUGGAAAAAGAGAAAUAUGUUGAUGAACUGAAGAAAGCAUUGGUAUCAGGAGCAGGACCAGCCGAUGCAUACAAGUUUAAUUUUUCUAAAGAGUCUUAUCAUUUUUCCUUUGAGAAAAACCUGAAAGAUGUUUCUUUCAGACUUGGUUCCUUCAAGUUAGAGAAAGUCACAAGCCCAGCUGAGGUCAUUAGAAAACUUAUUUGUGACUGCCUGGACACCAUUGCAGAAAACCAAGCCAAAAAUGAGCACCUGCAGAAAGAAAAUGAAAGGCUUCUGAGAGAUUGGAAUGAUGUUCAAGGAAGGUUUGAAAAAUGUGUGACUGCUAAGGAAAAUUUGGAGACUGAUCUUUAUAAACGAUUUAUUCUGGUGCUGAAUGAGAAGAAAGCAAAGAUCAGAAGCUUACAUAAAUUGUUAAGUGAAGUUCAAGAACUGGAAAAGAACAUCGAACAUGAAAGGGAAAUUACAACAUGUUCUGAAAUGUCUGCUAACAGAGAUACAAACUAUGAUGAAAGUACUGAUGAGGAAGAUAAAAACCUGCCUGAUUCCUCAGCGUUAGCUCUAGCUACUUUAAGAAGAGACGAUUCCAUUCUUUCAAGUCCUGAUGUCACUGAUAUUGCACCAAGUAGAAAGCGGAGGCAGCGGAUGGGAAAAAAUCUCGGGACAGAACCUAAAAUGGCUUCUCAGGAACAUCAGCCUGAAGAAAAGGAAAAGCUUGAUCCUCCACUACCAGAGACUUUGAAAAAGGAGCUCAGCUCAACUGACAACAUGUCGUUAGAGACUCUGAAAAACAGUAGUUCCGGAGACCUCUUUGAUGAGAUUUAACUGUCCCAGAAAAGUGCUUUGAUGUUCACUAGACUAUGUUUUCUAUUCAUUUCUUUAAACCGAAAAAAGUGAAAUUUCAACUCAGCAGCAGCUAUUACUUCAUCUUACAAUUUAAUUACAUACACACUGAGCUGAAACCAUUGUGCAAAAUGGAUUACACGUGUAUAUGAAGAUAUGAUUUGAUGACAGUGGUACAUUAUUCUAAACUAUUCAUUCAGCAUGCCUAUAAUUAUAUAAAAUCUCACUUUUUGUUGCAAAGGACACAUUUAUCUUAUUCAGUUCACACGUAUUACAUGUGCGAGCUGUCUAACAUCCUGUCUAGGAAGAUUUUGGAAAUAUAACAAAUAAAAUGUCUACAGGUUUAUGUGUUUUUUUAACUACUGUAUUCAGAACAAUUAUGUCUGAGCAUUUUAUUUGUGGAAUGAUGUAUAAAACCUAUUUUUAGUUUGUACACAAACUUAAAAUCUGAUGAUACAAUUUCUGAUGCAUUCAAGAUUUCAUAUUCUUAAUAAAAUAUGUUACUUAGCUUAA